CAUCCUUCUUCUGCUUUUAAAAGCAUUGUGUAAAAAAUGCAUUUACUUUAAAAAACACAUUGAGUGCAUGCAGAACGGUCUCGAUAAUUUCAUUCAAGGUAUAGAAAAGAACAGCAUCCUCUAAACAUAUAUGGACAUGGAUUUAGGGGUCAUUUAUGAAAAUAUGGAGCCUAAGAACAGAAAACCAGCUGGACCUCAGAGUCAGAACCCAGAUGAAGCUCAAAACAGAAAAAGAAGCAGAGGGUUGGUGGUGAUCACAGUGUGUCUUGGGAUCGUCUGUGUAUUUCUGGUGUUCGCUCUUCUAGUGCUGUAUGUCUUUCUCACAGGAGAGAGAGAUCAGCUACUGCAAAACAUCACAUCUAUGAAGGAACAUGAGUUAGAGACCAAAUUCUAUAAUCUCACCAAAGAACUCAAGGAAAUGUUUUCAGGGAGGUAUUUCCUAUCCAGUGAGGAGAAGAACUGGACUGACAGCAGACGGUUCUGUAAAGAUUGGGGUGGAACUCUCAUCAUUAUUGAGACUGAAGAAGAACAGAGGUUCAUAUCUUCACUUGUUGAUGGGAGUGUGUGGAUUGGUUUGUCUGAUACAGACAAGGAAGGAAACAUGAAAUGGGUGGAUAAUACACCACUGACUAACAGCUUUUGGAACCCUGGUGAGCCGACUGACCAUGGCAACAAUGAGGACUGUGUUGUAAUCUCUGAGUUUUCAAACACUUUCAUGAACUGGAAUGAUCUUCCUUGCUCAUGGAAGAAUAAAUGCAUUUGUGAGAAAUAGACUUCAUCAACUUCUGUUGUGAGAUUAAAUCAUGCUUUGGCUUAAAUUGAAACAGUUUUUCAAUGGGAGUGUUGUUUUGCAUUUACAUCAGUCUCUAAUUGUUGUUUCUGGUAGCUAAAUGUUGUCAUAUACAUUAUAUACUGUUUGUAAUGUCUGUUGUAUUAGGUCAAAUCAGCAAUUAAAAUCAAAUAUAAAUGUAAA